AUGUCAAAACAAAUUAAGGUGUUAUUGAUUAAUGGAAGUCCAAGAGAAAAUGGUAACACUUUUACUAUGUUAAGUUGGGUAAAGGAAGGAUUAGAAAAAGAAGGAAUUAAUGCAGAAAUUUAUCAACUUGGAAGGAAAGAUAUUAAAACUUGUAAAUCUUGUUGGGGAUGCAUGAAGACUGGAAAGUGUUGGCAAGAGGAUCCGGUGAUGGAUGAGUUAAUUGAAAAAAUAGUUGCUGCAGAUGGAAUUAUUAUUGGAAGUCCAACAUAUUAUGCUGACGUUCCUGGUGUUGUCAAGACAUUUAUUGAUAGAACAGUACCAUUUGCUAUUAAAAAUACAUUAAAUAGAAAAGUAGGAGCAGCAGUUGUUAUGGCAAGAAGAGGAGGAGCUAUUCACGUCUAUGAUACUAUCAACCAUUGGUUUGGAAUCAAUGGUAUGAUUACUAUUGGAUCAACUUAUUGGAAUGAUGGAUAUAAUCCAAAUGUUACUGAUCAACACGAAGUAGAAAAAGAUAGUGAAGCUAAAAACACAAUGAAGAAUUUAGCAGAGAAUAUGGCAUUUGUUCUUAAGAGAAUAGUUGAAUAA